AGCGUCUGGAGCUGAGGAGGCAGGUGAGCCCCUCCCGCGCGAGAGGGAGCUGAAGGGGAGCGCCGGCGGGGGACGGGCUCAGGGCACAUCUAGAAGGUGGGGAUUGAGAAGCCGCUGCGCCGCCACCUGGAGGCAGAAGGGUGACUUCCUGGUUGAAGGAUGGGGAGCUGGGUGGACGGCAUUCAGAGUUACUGAGGGCCUCUCUCUCCGCUCUCAGACUCCAGACCUGGCCUCAUGGAUGCGCUCUGUGAAGCAAAUGGCACCUUCGCCCUCCGCCUUUUUAAGGCCCUGUGUGAAGAUCACCCUUCAGGAAACGUGAUUUUUUCUCCUGUGAGCCUCUCCUCGGUCCUGGCCAUGGUCCUCCUUGGAGCCAAAGGGGAUACCGCUGCCCAGGUGGCCCAGGUGCUUUCCUUAAACACAGAGACGGACUUUCACCAGGAUUUCCAGCAGCUACUUGCUGAGCUGAACAAGCCUGACACUCAGUACUUGCUCAGGAUGGCCAACAGGGUCUUUGGGGAGAAGACGUGUGAAUUUCUCUCUACCUUUAAGGAGUCGUGUCUCCGCUUCUACUGUGCUGAGCUGGAGCAGCUCUCCUUUGCCGAAGCUGCAGAGCCGUCCAGGAAGCAGAUCAACGCUUGGAUCUCAAAGAAGACUGAAGGUAAGAUUCCAGAGUUGUUGCCUCCGAACUCCAUUAAUGCAGAGACCAAGCUGGUUCUGGUCAACGCUGUCUACUUCAGAGGGAGGUGGAGUGAGGAAUUCGACAAGGCGUACACCAGGGAGAUGCCUUUUCGAAUAAACCAGAAGGAGCAGAGGCCGGUGCCGAUGAUGUUUCAGGACAGGGAGUUCAGACUCGCCCGCAUAAAGGAGGUGCAGGCCCAGGUGCUGGAGCUGCCAUACGAGGGCGAGGAGCUGAGCAUGCUGGUGCUGCUCCCGGACGACCACGUGCCUCUGAGCUCGGUGGAGAAGCAUCUCACUUGGGAGAAGUUCCUCGCCUGGACCCAGCCUGACUCCAUGAAGAAGACCCAGGUGGCUGUCUUCCUCCCGAAAUUUAAGCUGGAGGAGACCUACAACAUGCUGUUGGUGCUCCCAGGCCUGGGGGUGGUUGAGGCCUUCCAGCCGGACCGGGCUGACUUCUCAGGCAUGUCGCCUGGCAGAGGCCUGUGUCUGUCCGCCUUCGCCCACAAGAGCGUGGUGGAGGUGAACGAGGAGGGCACGGAGGCCGCGGCCGCCUCGGCUGUGAUCGAGGUUGACUGCGGCAUGGACCAGCCCCGGUUCUGUGCCGACCACCCCUUCCUGUUCUUCAUCAGACACAACGGCUCCCGCAGCACGCUCUUCUGCGGCAGGUUCUCCUCCCCGUAGGGGUGUGCGCGCCGCGCCUGCCCGCCCUGCCCUCCCUGUGUCUCCAGGGCCUGGGCAGCUCCCAGCCUGCACACCCGUGCUUCUCCCCCAGGCUGACCCCUGAACAGAGAUUGAGGGCCAGUAGGCCUCAGUGAGACGCAGCCUGAAUCCCGUAGGAUGGCAGGCAAAGUGCUCCGCAGGCCGCAGGCUCACGUCCCACUCACUCCCGUGCGCGUUUCUUUCCGGUUGCACUGUGUUCUCUUCCUGGUCACCUGCUUGCCUGAGGCUGUCUCGGUAUCCGUCCAGGCCACUAGCCGUCCCUACCGUUUGAUACAUUUCUUGGUGCUUGAGCUUUUAGGAAUGUUCCAUAAUGCAUAUUUAUUUUUUUGGCUGUGUAGCACAUGGGAUGUCAGUUUCCCAACGAUGGAUGGAACCCAUGGCCCCUGCGGCGGAAGCUUGGCUUCCCUUCCGUUGAUCUGCCUGGGAAUUCCCUCUUUAAUGCACAUCUUAUCUUUCUUUGACUUUCACUGGUCGGCAUGAAUAUUGCCAACCCUGCAUCAGGCCCUGGGGAAGGAAGUGGGGCGUGUGGACCUCUGACUGCGGCCCCCGUGGUAGAGGCAGGCAGCUCUGAGGACCACCAGGCUGGACUGGGUCCUGCCUCUAGGUGACCAUGUGGCCACUGGAGGGGUCACACGCUUCCUCGUGUUACUCUGUUUCUCCACUUCCAACUCUUAACGGGGAAAAUCACAUUCAACCCUUAAAGCUCAUUUCCAGUGUCGUCUUCUCUGAGAGUUGUUCCCUUUCCUGCAUAACCAGAGGUACGCCUUUGUACCCACACUGCCCCCCGGGGGAUGGUGCGUCUCUGACAGUAGCUCUUUGUAUAUUCCCCGUCUGUGUUUUCCGGCCUUAAGGCCCUUGGGGAUGGGGCUGUGUCUUACGCAUCAGGGUGUCACUUACAGUGCGUGGAUAAGCAAUUAGAUGAUGAGCUCUGUGACUUUAGAAAAAAAAAAGAUUAGAAACCACUUUUUCUAAUUGAUAAAUAAUAAAAACAAUUUAUUUAAAAAACAAUUUAUUGAGGUGAAAUUUAUAAAACCUAAAAUUGCCAUUUAAAGUGAAUGACACACUGGUGUUUAGUCUGUUAACACUGUUGUUCAACCACCACAUUGAUCUAGCUCCAAAUAUUUUUCAUCACCCUGUAUCCACUAAGCAGUUACUACCCAUUCCCUGCUGCUCCCAACCAGUGGCAGCCACCAGCCUGCUUUCCAUCUCCGUGGACUUUCCUGUGCUGGCAAUUCCCAGCAAGCUGAAUCAUGCGUGACCUCUUUUGUGUCUGGCCUCUUUCGUCUCACAUAAUGCGUAUUGAAAAGCAGGGGCAUCACUUUGCCAACAAAGGUCCGUAUAGUCAAAUCUAUGGUUUUUCCAGUAGUCAUGUACAGAUGUGAGAGUUUGGACCAUAAAGACUGGGUGCCAAAGAAUUGAUGCUUUUGAACUAUGAUGUUGGAGAAGACUCUUGAGAGUCCCUUGGACUUCUAGGAGAUCAAAACAGUCCAUCCUAAAGAAAAUCAAUCCUGAAUAUUCAUUGGAGGGACUGAUGUUGAAGCUGAAGCUCUAAUACUUUGGCUACCUGAUGUAAAGAGCUGACUCAUUGGUAAAGACCCUGAUGCUGGGAAAGAUUGAGGGCAGGAGGAGAAGGGGACGACAGAGGAUGAGACGGCUGGAUGGCAUCACCGACUUGAUGGACAUGAGUUUGAGCAAGCUCCAGGAGAUGGUGAAGGACAGGGAAUCCUGGCGUGCUGCAGGCCACGGGGUCGCAGAGUCAGACAUGACUGAGGGAUUGAACAACAAAAUGUGUUCAAGAUUCACCCAUGUUAUAGCAGAUGUCAGCAGUUCAUCCUUUUUUGUGAUUGAAUAAUAUUCCAUCAUAUGCAAAGAACACAUAUUGUUUGUCCAACCAUCCACUGAUGGACAUUUGGUAAGUUUCCACUCUUGGCUCACUGUGAGCAAUCCUGCUAUGAACAUGCAUAUACAUGUAUUUAUUUGAGUAUUUGCUUUUCAUCCUUUUGGGUACAUUACUAGGAGAAGUUGCUGGAUCGAAUGGUGAUUUCACGUUUAACUCUUUGAGG